CCGUCGCUUGGUCUCGACUCGGGGCUGUCCCGCAGCUUUCCAGGUUCAGCUUUCGGGUGCAGUUCGCGCGGGGACGCGCCCUAGCCCACCGCCGCCAUGGAUGCCAUCAAGAAGAAGAUGCAGAUGCUGAAACUGGACAAGGAGAACGCCUUGGACAGAGCCGAGCAAGCCGAAGCGGACAAGAAGGCAGCGGAGGAAAGAAGCAAGCAGCUGGAGGACGAGCUGGUGGCUCUACAAAAGAAGCUGAAGGGCACUGAGGAUGAGCUGGACAAAUACUCCGAGUCCCUUAAAGAUGCACAGGAAAAGUUGGAACUGGCUGACAAAAAGGCCACAGAU